AUGCGCUUAAAUAAAACAAAUGUCACGUGCAUUUUUUUCUCUUUCUCGUUCUUUCUUUCUUUGUAUUUUUCGUUCGUUUUUCUUCGUUCUUUAUUUAGUUCAUUCUCUCUUUUUCGUUCGUUCUCUCUUUCCCUUUUUAAGUUGUUCUCUUUUUCGUUAAUUGUUCUUGCUUUCAUUCAUUCCCUCUUUCUCUUUUUAGAUUGUUCUUGCUUUCGUUCAUCCUCUCUUUCUCUGUUUAGGUCCCUGUCUUUUCGUUCAUUCUCUCUUUCUCUUUUCGUUCGUUCUCUCUUUUUAUUUUUUAGAUCGUUCGUUCUCUUUUUCGGUUGUUCUUUCUAUCUCUUUUUCUCGUUAAUACUCCCUUUCGUCCAUUCUCUCUCUUUCUCUUUUUCCUUCGUUAUUUCUCUUUCGCUUUUUCGGUCGUCUACUUUUUCGUUCUGCCUGAUUUUAACUUUCCACUUCUUCCUUCACCCGACUCGAUUUCCUCUUCUCUCUUUUAUCUCCUCAUUUCCCUCUAAAUUUAUCCCUCCAUUUCUCUCGACCCACCUUCUCCAUUUCUCACUCACCCCUCCUGCUUUUCCCAUUUCUCUCUCACCCCUCCUGCUUUUCCCCAUUUCUCUCUCUCCUCCCUGCUUUUCCCAUUUAUCUCUCACUCCUCCUGGUUUUCCCCAUUUCUCUCUCUCCCCCUCCUGCUUUUCCCAUUUCUCUCUCUCCCCCCUCUUGCUUUUCCCAUUUCUCUCUCUCCCCUCCUGCUUUUCCCAUUUCUCUCACUCCCUCCUGCUUUUCCCAUUUCUCUCUCACUCCUCCUGCUUUUCCCCAUUUCUGUCUCUCCUCCUCCUGCUUUUGUCAUUUCUCACUCUCUCCUCCUGCUUUUGGCAUUUCUCACUCUCUCCUCCUGUUUUUCCCAUUUCUCUCUCUCUCCCCUCCUGCUUUUACCAUUUUCUCUCUCACUCCUCCUGUUUUUCCCAUUUCUCUCUCUUCCCCUCCUGCUUUUCCCAUUUCUCUCUCUCUCCCUCCUGCUUUUCACAUUUCUCUCUCCCCCUCCUGCUUUUCACAUUUCUCUCUACCGCCUCUUGUUUUUCCCACUUCUCUCUCUCUCUCCUCCUGCUUUUCCCAUUUCUCUCUCUCUCCCUCCUGCUUUUCCCAUUUCUCUCUCACUCCUCCUGUUUUUCCCAUUUCUCUCUCUCCCCUCCUGCUUUUCCCAUUUCUCUCUCACUCCUCCUGGUUUUCCAUUUCUCUCUCUCUCCCCCUCCUGCUUUUGCCAUUUCUCUCUCUCUCUCCCUUCUUGCUUUUCCCAAUUCCCUCUCUCUCUCUCUUCUGCUUUUCCCAUUUCACUCUCUCCGUGUGUUACCCAUUUCUCUCUCUCUCUCUCUCUUUCCUGCUUUUCCUGUUUUUCUCCCCUCCAGCUUUUCCCAUUUCUCCUCUCCUUGCGUUUCCAAUUCUCACUCCUCCUUGCAUUUCCCAUCACUUUAUUUUACCUAUCCUCUCCCAUUUCUCUCUCUCCCCUUCUUGCCUUUCCCAUUUCUCUCUCUCCCCUUCUUGCCUUUCCACUUUCUCUCUCUCCUCUUCUUGCCUUUCCCAUUUCUCUCUCUCCCCCCUUCUUGCCUUUCCCAUUUCUCACUCUUCCUGCCUUUCUUAUCUCUUUAUCUCUUACAUUUCUUUCCCAUCUCUCUUUCUCCCUCUUCUUGUCCAUCUCUUUCUGACCAAUAG